UGCAACCUUCAAUGAAAUCACACUGAAACCUUGGUUCCACAAACUCAAACUCGACAGAGAGAGCAUUGUUACCUGCUGCAGGUUAAGAAGUGGCCACUACGCACUCAACUACAGCUUACACCGCUGUAAUCUGGUUGCAGAUCCAUCUUGCCAGUGUGGAUUCCGGUAUCAAGACGCAGACCACAUUUUUUGGAGCUGUCCUCUAUUCAGCACACAAAGGACUCUCCUCCUCAAUCAAUUUAGAAGAUUCAAGAGCUUGACACAACCUUACAAAAUUCGAGAACUACUGGCGGAACCUUCCCCUGGACUUAUAUGUGCUCUCCUUUCCUUCCUAAAAUCCUGUAAAUUGCAGAUUUAAUACCAUUAUACUUUAAUAUUACCACCUUCAGUUUAUCAUAACUACACCUGUUGUUGGCCUGAAUCUCACGAUCAUUUUUCGGAGGUGGCCAUUUAAACUUAAAGAAGAAGAAGAAGAAGCUAACUGGCAAUUAUUGGAACGCGCCUUAAGGAUAAAAUUAUCUAUUGUAGACCCGGCCUAAAUGUGUUUGAAGUAUAGAGGAGGAUACGCAAAUUUGUUUUAACAUAUAGUAUGAACAUUACAUGAGUAUAAUAAAUAUAUUAAUUUAUUUAAUAUUAGCAAGAAAUAUUAAAGUAGCAAAAAUGUUAUCGACAAUUGUGAAAGAACAUCAAAACAAGCAAGUAGCGAGAAAAGAAAGACAAGAACAAAAACGAAAAGAAGCUGUUCAGGCUGCAAGCAAUUUGACACAAGCUCUUGUUGAUCAUUUGAAUGUUGGAGUGGCUCAAGCAUAUUUAAAUCAAAAGAAAUUAGAUGCAGAAGCAAAGCAAUUGCAACACAGCGCAACCAAUUUUGCUAAACAAACACAAUUGUGGUUGAACUUAGUAGAGUCUUUUUCGAGCUCUUUAAAGGAGAUUGGAGAUGCAGAAAAUUGGGCACGUAGUAUAGAAGGUGAUAUGAGAACAAUAGCCACUGCAUUAGAAUAUUCAUAUAAAGCCACACAAGAGAAUCAAAGUGUUGGUAAUGUUUGAACACUAAGAUGAGAGCUGUUAAGAAUUUUAUUGCUGCAAUAAGGCUACAAUAAAAGGAAACAAAGCAAUAGGAUACAUUAUGCCAGAAAUAUUAAUUAAGGAAAGCAAACAAUGUUAAAGCAGUAAGCAGAGCUAUAUGUGUGAUGACUGCGUUUAAGCAUAAAGCACUAUACAAUUGCAAAAUGUUUAUUUAAAUUUAC